AUGAAUUGCAUCCAAAAAUUCAUAUAUACGCUCAUCUUUGUAGGUUUACCAUUGUUAUUGAAUAAUUAUAUAUUUCAAAAUAGUCUUCUAAAUGGAGAAAGGAGAGAAAUAGAAGCUAUAAGAUCAUUGGUGGAAUUUAGCACACUCUUACCAGGAGAAAAUGAAGAACUAUCAAGUGGCGCAUUAAUACGAGAUGGUGAAAAUGAAGAUGAUGAAAGUGAAAGUGAAAGUGAAGAUGAUGGAAAUGAAAAUGAUGAAGAAUUAAAAAAGGUGCUCACCGAAAUUGCGUCACGAGCGAAUGAAUUAUUAAGCAAAGGAGAUGAAAAUGUUAAAUCACGACUAACCGAUUUAUUAAAUGAAGAAAUCUCAAAAAUGUUAGCUGAGUCAGAAAAUUUUAUAAAAGAAGAAAAAAAGAAAAUUGCAAUAAAAAAAGAAAAUAUAUUGAAUGGAGACAUGCAUAGAACAAGAAUGCUGAUGAAAAAAUUAGCUAAAAAAAGAAUAAUAAUAUGGGAAGGUUAUGAUGAACUAGUGAUGAUUGACGAUUUAGAUGAAAUAAUAGAUAAUAUGUUAAUUGAUAAUGAAGCAAAGGAACGUGUUAAACAACUUGCGAGAGACUUUAUAAAUACUAAAAGUCCAUUUGAGCAUGUUAAAAUAUAUAAAGAAAUUAAGAAAUAUACAAAAAGUGAAAUUUCUAGAAAUAAAAAGCCUCUACAUAUACAUAAUAUAAUUACAUACAUAAAAGGAACUAAACUAGGAAAAGUAUUGUCUGAUCCUUUUGUAAUAUUAGAAUUGGCGAAGCAUAUAUCUUUAGAUACUUUUCUACAUUAUUGUUUACAUACAGUCGAGAAGGUAUCUGAAUUUAUAAUACCAUCAAUAACUAUGUCGAUUAUUUUAUUGUAUUAUAUAUUUACAAAUAGAGGUUAUUUAAAAUCAUUGAUAACGAGAACUAAAAAAUAUAAGAAAAAUGAGGAUGAAAGCAAUCAAGAUGAUACUAAUGAAAAUAUAAUUGAGGCUGACGAAGAUCAAAUUACGGCUGAAGAAAAUAUAACUGCAGCGAAGAAAGAACAUACCGUGAAUGUAAAAAAGAAAAACGCGAAGAAAAAAAAACACGAUAUAGAUAAAAAAAAAAUUAAGUAUAUAAUGAGGGUAACAAUAUAUUUGUCAAAAGACGACGAAUAA